AUGAGAGGGCAUGCCCCUUCCGUUGGGUCGCGGGGGCGCUCGGAUUUUCUUUGUGGUCCCUGUUGCCCAUCACCACCCUCGUUGCAGAUCUCUGGGAGAUUCCUGGAAACGAAGGUGAACAAGGGAAAACUACGUCUGAGAUGCAGUUCGGGUCUCGAAGAAGGAGAGGUGGGGGAGCCUCGAACAAUGACUUUGCGCUCGCGUUGCCUUUUCCCUUACUGCAUAUUUUAGAGAGCAUAUCGAUGAUUGCAUCGUUAAACAUUAUCUCCACUCUUCGGCUUUCUCUUUCAGGACUAUUUGAUUGAUGCUCCUGUCUCAGUUGGAGAUGGAUUUUCUUUCAGUGGAGGUGAACUCUAGUUUUUUGAGAAUCUACGUCAUUCCCAUCAUCGUCUCACACCCCCUAUUUUCUCGGUUGCUGUCUUUCACAUUGGAUUUUUUCUUUCAAAUCUAUUAAAUCGCUAUUCGUAUCUUCAUAAAAUUCUGGAUCCGUUGUGCAGGAAAAUACUCCGAAGGUCCGAAUCCGUCCGACGAAUGGUUCAAGAAAGGGAAAAUAGUGAGUCGAUAUUUUCUUUACAUAUUUUCUCAUAUAAUUUAGAUAUUAUUAGUUUUUGAAGAUUUGGAAUUAUUUUCGCGCAAUACACAUGGUUUUGUCCUGGUCCCUGUCCUCUUCGACCUGUUUUGGUCCCUCAACCGUGACUCUCAAGUUCCAGACUUCAAUUGUGGGUAUUUCCUUUUCCAGCAACAUACUAUAUUAUCAUAUGAUUAAAUGAUUAAAUUUACCAAGAAAUUGUGGUCGUAUUGCGUGAAAAUUCAGCAAAAAGAGAUUUCGAAUCUGGAAAUGGAUACCAUCCUAUCCCUUAUAGCCAAAGGUCAAAUUCGUUUGUGAACUUUUAAACUGAUAUUUUAGUAUUUUUAUACCAGGUCAAAGCUCAUCCCGUUCGCGGAAUUGGAGAUAAGGCAACCGACCCAAUUUUUGGUCUUACAUUGGGUUCUGGUUCCCAGACAUCAGCCGAUGUUUUCAGGUGAUCAGAAUUUUUUUGAUUGGAAGGACAUCAUCUUAUUUGGAGUUUUUCACAGGAACUUUAAGAUCAUAAAGUCCCUGUAUGUAUUAGUCUUAGAUGAUACGGAAUUUUAGAAGAAAUCGUCAUGUGGCUAACAGCUCUCGUGAUUUUGUAGAUGGUUUUGCGUUGAAACUGGAGUUUCUACUAAUUCUUCAGUUAUUUUAGUCCACGGGCUCCCCUCCCAGGUAAUGUUGGAUCGCGAUGGUGAUGUUUCUCUUAAUGUAAGGAUUCUUUUUCUGUGGAACAGCACACGAGUAAUUAAAAAAAUUGGCUAUUGAAACCCUUAUAAUGUUUGUUCAUGCAUAUUCUCAAUAAUUCGGAUUUCCUGGAGCAUUUUUUUGGCUUUUAGAAAACCUUUAUGGAACCUAAUCACCUCUAUAACUAUUUUUAAAGGCUGCCUAAAUAAAUGUAGAUAGUGAAGGAUUAUUUUCUUUCACCGGUUCAUGGGAGACGGUGACAAAUUUUGUGCUGAAAAAGCCCUUUAAAUAGUGUUAUGCGUGUGCCAUUACUUUGAUGUCAUCACUCGAUUCUUAAGAAUACUCUCAGCUACUGUUUUCAUACAAGGCUGCCUUAUAGGUUUACUGACCUUUUUCUUCUUCAUCUCUGUGCCUUGAGGAUCUGCAAGACCUACAAUACCAAAUGCCUCAUAUUUUUCUUCAUUGAAGUUAUUCUUUUGCGACAGCAAGGAGAAGAGGAAAAACGAUAAAUGAUUGGAUGCUCUAGGAAAAAAAAUCGAAUUCCUAGCUAAAUAAACCAUAAGAUGGCUAGUGACGAGGAUAGAAAUGAUGUAGCUCCAGAUCAAGCAUGCAGCUUAGCAUGGAUUGGAAAUUUUCAAUUAAUUUAAUAAUUAUUUUAAAACUUGGUUACCACAAAAAUAUGAUGAUUCGGUUUAACAUUAUUAUUGGUCCAGGGAAUGCGACCAGUGAACCUGCCAAAAACUGUUAUUUAAUUGAUUUAUCUACUAUCAUCUUUCAUGGCUAGGAAACAAAAUAAACUAGCCAUUAUGUCGUCAGAAUAACAAUAUAGUCACCAAAUCACUCGUCUGUUUGUUUAGUAUUAUUAUUUUAUACAUUUUCUAGCGACAAACGGGGAAGACUUCUUCAGUUUGUUGGAUGAUUUCAGAGUCCCACUUCUUUGAGAUUUUUUCUAUAUGAUCACCAGGCUUAUUCCUUUCGCAAAGUUCUACCCAAAUUAUCCGAAGAUUUUCAUGCAAUUGCUUUCGAUUGGCUUGGUAAGCUUCACAACUCGACUAGAUAUCUCGGGUUUUUUUAAUAAUUUAUAUGAUUCUUUUUACCUCAUUUUAUUUUGGUAAUUUAAGAGAAAAACCUGACGUUAUUCUUGCUUAAGUGAGAAAUACGAUACACUAGAACUGCCUAUUGUGACUAAGUCAAAUCUGUCUCCAUUCCUAUGAUAUUAGUAUAUGCGGUAUUAAAUCCCUGAGAGCAGAUAAGCCGAUUUUUUAACAUAAACAUUUUAAAUGAACUUUACGCUUUUUUUCGAAAAUUUAGGAAUUAUUAUGUUCAAUGGGUUGGAUUUUUGGAGUUUACAAGAUGUUAUCAUGUUUGUAUUGAUUUAUUUUAUAAGCACGGCAGUCAGAGACGACUUUAUUGAUAAAUAAAUUUUCUUAAGGCUUGGUUUUUCUCUUCUCAUCCUGUAUAUAGCAGGGUGUUCGUUAAUGCGAGAGACUGCUUAUCGCAAUCUACAUAACACCAGUAGAAUCAAUGUAUGGUUUAACUUUUUUUGCCAUCAUCCAGAUAAAAAUGUUCAUCAUCAUCAAUCAUUUACCCAUUAUAUUUUAGUUGGAGUAGAGGAUACAUAUAAUAUCCUCCUAUUCCACUACUUUUAUGUUUUUCAUAUUGAAUAUGUAUAAUUCUUUUCUCUGUUUCUUUGAUUUUUUUUCUUAAAUUUCAUGCGGGAACUAUUUACACUUGUUUAAAAUACUUCAGACAUCAUUCACGAACUUUAUUUUCAAGAAGGUCGGGCCAUGCACGCGCCUUGCUUUCAUAAUUCCAGUCAAAACCUUCGUUAGUGUUUCAAACUGAAUGUGAAGUUUAAAGUUUUUCUGCUCAGUUUAUCUGAAAAAGGGCAUACUGUUCGUUUGGUGUCAAUGUAUUUUGUUUUCAGGCUUUGGAUUUUCAGAUAAGCCUCAGCCAAAGUACGGUUUUGACUACACAUUAAAUGGUAAAUAGCACGAGAAAUCUGCAGUUUUUCCAUCGCCACUCUUGAGUACUAAUUCAUUUCAUUUCUCCUUUUAGAAUAUGUCUCAUCUUUGGAUUCGCUCAUAAAUGAACUUGGUGUCAAUGACUUUUCACUUGUCGUUCAAGUAUGUUGCGAGAUCCUCAAAUCUAUUUCUAUAUUAGUAUUUUCCCCCGGGAAUAUAACGGAAAAAAUUUAAAUACUUUGCAGGGAUACUUUGCUCCGGUUGUUGUAAAAUAUGCAAGUUUACAUCAAGAAAAACUGAAAAAUAUCAUACUCAUCAAUCCUCCAGUAAGAACUUCCUAAUCAUUUUAUAUUAUAUAAAUAUCGUUAGAAGUUUUCUUCAUUGAAACUUUUUUCAUGGAUUUUAGGGAAAUAUGCUAAGUGAUAUGUGCUGACAGAUAGAAAAAGGUCUAGAAAGACGUAUUUUAGCUACAGAAAUCAUGACUGCGACACUGCGUGAAUUGACAUGGUUAAUGUUUGCGUUACAGCUGAUGGAUAAGCAUGCAAAGCUUCCAUCAACUCUCUCCAUUUUCAGCAACUUUUUGCUGGGUGAAAUUUUUUCUCAGGUCAGGAAACAGUUCCCUACAUGGAAAUCAGAAUGAUGAGUAAUGUUUUUCCGAUACUAAGAUAACUUUCAUGUUUUUUUACCUCUCUCACUGUGCAAUUUUAUUUUUUUCAGGAUCCACUGCGAGCAAGUGACAAAGUCUUGACUAGUUGUGGGCCGUACAUGAUGAAAGAAGAAGAUGCAAUGGUCUAUAGAAGGCCAUAUCUCACAUCUGGAUCGUCUGGCUUUGCACUGAAUGCAAUUAGCAAAGCCAUGAACAAGGAACUGAAGGCAAGUUACUCUCUUACAGAUUCGCAUACCUUAGUCAUUCAUCGGUUGAUUUUUAGGUUUUUGGCACACAUUUUUCAGAUUUGAAUCUUUAUCCUUAACGUUGACUUUAAAUUUCCAUUCAUAUAUCCCUGUCAGUAUAUUUUACUCUUAACGUAUUUAGGCCUAUGAUCUUUAGAAUACAUAUCUGUAUUUUCCACUUCGGUAUUGGUCUUGUCCUUGCAUAAACUCUGUCAUCCAACUAGGAGUCCUCACAUAACAACCGUUUGCAUUUAUGAGUAAACACACUGCUGAUUGGUAGCAUUUAUUAGUGAUGAUGGGUGGCUCAUCUUAUUGUGUACCCUUUUUUUGGACAUUUUUAUUCAAUGCCCAAAUCUUGAAAAUACCCUCAUCGAGAGUUAAAGGCCUCGCUAUUGGGUUAGAAAUCAUCUUAAAUUGAAAUAUUUCUGUGAGAGACAUUAUAAUUGUAACUUGACUAGCUUUUUAAUAUGUCAUUCUGAAAGAAAUUAAAAAAUCUAUCACAUUCCCAAAAAUAUUAAGAUUCUAGCUGAAGAUUCUAGCUGGAUUCGAAUGCGCAAAACAAUUUUUUAAUUUUUUGGCGUUAUCUUCUUAAUGAUUUGAACCUCAGAGUUACACUGAAGAAAUGAGAACCAUACUAUCAAGUGAAUCAUGGAAAAUUCAAACGACAAUAUGCUGGGGCCAGAGAGAUCGGUGGUUGGAUUACGAUGGAGUCGAGGAGUUUUGCAGUCGUUCAAACAUCAGAUUGGUAGAGCUACCGACGGUAUGUUUCACUCGUAUCCAGAAGUGCUCCUUUACAUUUGAAAUGAAUAUUCUCCUAAGCUACAAAUUAUUUUAAAAUCUCCCCGAAAAUCAUCCUAUUCGUCUCCCAUAUGUGAAAUAAUCAAGUAAAAGUAUCGAAAUAUUGAAAAAAAGCUAAGUGCAUGAUUCAUGUUCAUACCCAUGUAUGAUGGUUGGAGUCAUUUCCUCCGGGUUUUUUCAGGCAGAAUCUGUGCUCGCACACAACCUCACUGGUUUCUUUUUCUUCUUUCCAAAUUUGGGCCUAUUUUUACGCCUUCUAUCCAAUUACCGCAAUGAAAUCUCACAAAAAAUGCAGCUCCUGAGCGGUGAUUCUGGGGAUGAACAGUAAAGAAACCACACAAAACGAAUAUUCAGAUUAUGAAAGCUUGACUUUUUUCUCGUGGAAGAAGUUGAGCUUCCAAAGUUAGUACAUCGCUUUAUCAUGUCCAGCGAGGAAAAUGGUCAUACACCCAGCCACCUAGACGCCUGUUCGUCAUUGAAAAUCACCCAUAAGGCAUAAAUUCUUCUCACUUUAGGAAAGAACCAGGAUAGACCAUGGUUGGAGCUUUCGAGGCACUCAGUUGCCUUCUAAUGAUCUCUAUCUCUGCCCGUAUCUCUGUUUCGAUCUCAGACUAUCCAGCCUUCGCGCAUCCAAUAAGACCAGCUUGUCUCGUGUUUCUCCAGGCUGGGCACCAUGCACAAGAAGAUCUCGGAGAAGAGCUGGGCAAGAUCAUAAGGGGAAUAAUUGGCAAGAAGAGGUAG